UUUUUACUCACUCUCACUGUCUGAUGUCUCUCAUCGCUUCUGUUCGCGUAUAAUGACCUGUUGAGUGUGUCUGUUACUGAGUAGAAAAGUGCAUAUCUCUGUCUGCCGUCGAAGCGUCACAAUAUCAUCAUCGAAGGAAUCGGUCCCCUGUGCAAGCACGGAACCCAUCUCUACUCUAUCCAUUAAGAAACUUGCUAUCAUGAAAUCCCAUCCUAAUCGUCCAUCAUUUGUUUACUUCCUAUAUACUCAGCUCAUAUACUAUUGGUUCAUUCUAUGCUUCAUUCCUGGCAGCAAUGCCGCUAAACAGCAACCCUUGAGCUCGUUCGGAGAGAUAGCUCCUAAGAAAGUCGCGGUCAUCGGAGCUGGAGCUGCAGGAUCAUCGGCUGCAUACUCUCUCCGCAAGUACGCUGAUGCCCAGCAUGUUCCCGUCAACAUCACUGUCUUCGAGCGCUCUUCGUAUGUUGGAGGCCGCUCAACCACGGUCAACGUCUUCGACCACCCGGGUUAUCCGAUCGAACUGGGGGCUUCGAUCUUUGUCAGCGUCAACUACAACCUGGUGAAUGCGUCCAGAGACCUGGGACUCAACGCCCGGAGCGCCAGCUAUGAGCGACCCCGAGAGACCGACGACACCAUCGGCAUCUGGGACGGGGACCAGAUGGUGUUCGUGUUCAAAGACACCUCUGGCUGGUGGAACCUGGCCAAGUUGCUCUGGCGAUACGGAUUGGCACCAGUCAACGCCUACCGACUGAUGAAGUCUACCGUCAACAAGUUCCUGCAACUCUACGACGGACCCAUGUUCCCUUUCCGGUCCCUCACCCAAGCCACCGAGGCCGUCGGGCUCCUUAACACCGUCGCCGUGCCCGGAUUGGAAUUCCUGCGGCUCAACCGCAUCUCCGAUCUCUUCUCCCGCGAGAUCGUCCAAGCCAGCACGCGCGUCAACUAUGGACAGAACCUAGGCCUCAUCCACGGCCUUGAGACGAUGGUCUGCCUCGCCACCGACGGCGCCAUGGCCAUUGAAGGCGGCAACUGGCAGAUCUUCGACGGCAUGCUCAAGGCCUCCGGGGCCUCCGUGCGUGUGAAUCACACCGUCACAUCCAUCAACUGGGACGCCCAAGGUCAGCAGCACCGUCCCGCAAGCCUCACAUUCAAAGCCAGCAGCACCGCUUCUUCAGCUCAGACCGAAGAAGGUUAUGAUGAAAUCAUCAUCGCCGCCCCUUUCCAGUUCACCGACAUCACCACAACCCCACCCCUGCAGACCACCCCCGACGAUGUCCCCUUCGUAAAACUGCACGUAACCCUCUUCUCCUCCCCGCACCGCCUCUCGCCAGCCCACUUCAACCUCCCCGGUCCCAACACCCCAGAAACCAUCCUCACCACCCUCCCCCACGACCUGGACCCUACUGUAGGCAAAGCUGAAAAGGGCGUCGGCCCCGCCAACUUCUGGAGUAUCAGUACCCUCCGCACCGUGGUUGUUCCUCCUCCUCCCCCUUCUCAUCCUACUUCUUCGGAAUCGGAAAACGACCAUCCACAGCAGGAGCACUAUGUCUAUAAGAUCUUCUCCCCGGAACGCCCUACCGCCGCCUUCCUACGCUCGAUCCUCGGGCUCGCGGACCCACUAGAGGUCCAGGACAUGAAGGAAACUGCCACCACCUCGUCCAUCGAAGACCUUCCAAGCAAGGACAUCAGUUGGUUCCAUGAGAAGGUCUGGCGGCCUUAUCCGUUCGUCUAUCCGCGAGUGACCUUUGAGGAGAUCGCGCUGGCACCCCACGUGUGGUAUACCGGGGGCAUCGAGAAUUUCAUCUCGACGAUGGAGACGAGCGCGUUGAUGGGGAAGAAUGUGGCGGCUUUGAUGGUGAAGGAGUGGGAGGAACAGAGGGAGAAGGCCGAUGUGGCGAUGGGGUCAAUGGGGUUCAGUCAGGGUGGGGAUGGUAAGGUUGAGCUGUGAGGUGUAGACAAACUUGGGGAAUAAGUGAUUGAAAGAAGGAGCACAGCUUAAUGGGUGACGCAGGAGGAACCCCAAAGGCACCUUGAACUACGUAUAAACAAUCCAAAGAGUGCUACUACCACUGCUACGAUAUGGAAACAAAUGAGAGAAGUUGAACUUCACGAAUUAUUAGCUCUGAGUUAUCUGAUACUGAUACUAAACUCAGUCAAGGCGGUUAAAGCCUUUGAUUUUCAACCACGAACUUUUC